AUUUCAGUUCACAUGAUGAGACACAGUGGAACUAAGCCGUAUUUCUGUAAUUAUUGUAAUAAAGGAUUCACUUCUAUCAAAGCUAAACAGUUACAUCAUAGAAAACAUACUGGAGAUCAACCUUAUCUAUGUAAUAUAUGUGCAAGAGGAUUUGAACGUAAGGAAGGAUUGAAGUAUCAUCUUAAAGCCCAUGAGAAGGGUGGUGGUGUCCCUGUUAUUUGUGAUAUAUGUAACAGAUCAUUUCAAACAGUGUCAAGACUUAAAGUUCAUAAAGCUUGUAAACAUCCAGACAUAAGACCAACUUUCUCUUGUCAUGAAUGUCAGAAGAUAUUCUCCUCCAAAAGAAGUUUUAAAAGACACUUUGCUUCAACACAUCUUCAAGAGAAAAACUAUGUAUGUAACUAUUGUAGUAGGGGAUUUGCUCGGAAAGAAUACCUCCAUAAACAUAUACAG